AUGACACUGGACGCGCACGAUAAGCUUUUGGAAACAGUCCUACAAGAGUACAAAAUUUUAGCCGAAUACGAAAGACUUCAAAGUGAAGAUCUUGGUGGUAUUUACGUAACUCCUUCGUUCGAAAAUCCCUUCCUUUGGUUUGGCGUUAUAUUUGUGCGAUGUGGAGUGUACAAAGAUGGAGUAUUCCGGUUUACCAUAACUUUUCCGAACCGAUUCCCUAACGACAGUACCGUUCCAGUCGUAACGUUUCAAAGCGAUGUGUUUCAUCCACUAAUCAAUCCCAACGACGGAGUACUUGACCUUUCGGAAGCGUUUCCCAAAUGGCAAUAUGGUGAUAAUCACAUCUGGCAAAUGUUGAAAUUUGUACAGUCCGUCCUCCAAAAUUUGGACAGCCACACGAUACGUACGGAUCACUUGGCUAAUAACGAAGCGUACGAAUUGCUGUUGGAAAAUCGUACCGAUUUUCUGAUACGAGUCGAGCAAUGUGUAGAUGAAAGCCAGCAAAAACUGUACGAACUGCCCGCACAUCCGGAUCGGUUCUAUAUAAGUUUCGAUCGAUUCAACCCGGACGUUCAUGGACCAGCACUACAGUCAAUGAAAGAAAACAGAGGACCGGAAGUGACGACACCCCCAUCGUCUGGCCUAUCAUGGGUACGAAAAGGUGUAUAUCAGCCUCUUAGCAAAUAA